CACUCUCCCGGGGGGGGCGCCCGCACACUCGCGCAUGCGCACCCUCCCAGGGAAGCACACUCGCGCAUGCGCACGGCCGUUGGGCCGGCAGGGGGCGCCGUGACGAGGCCGGGCCCGCGGGUCGCUGCCCUUCUCCAAGAUGGCGGCGGCGGGAGGCCUCGGGGCUGGGCUGCGGCGGGCGGCCCCGUUCCCCGGCGCCGGGUGGCUGCGGACGGUCGGGGUCGGGGUCGGGGUCGGGGUGGGGGUCGGGGCCGGUCCGGGCGCGCGGGGCUGGUCGUGCUUCGCCCUCAGCGAGCGCGCGGCGCUGCGCGUGCGCGGCCCCGACGCCGAGCCCUUCCUCCAGGGGCUGCUGACCAAUGAGCUGCCGCGCCUGGGCCCUGACGUCACCGACGCCCCGCGCGCCCGCUACGCCCACUGCCUCAACGUGCAGGGCCGCAGCCUCUAUGACGUCAUCCUCUACAGAGUCCACGAGCGUCCGGACGAGGAGCCUCACUUCCUGCUAGAGGGCGACCGGACCGUGCUGACCGCGCUGCAGAAGCACCUGCUGGGCUACCGGAUCCGCAGGAAGGUGGCCGUCUCCCCCUGCCCCGACGUCUCCCUGUGGGCCGUCCUGCCCGGGGGCGAGGCGGGGGGCGACGGGCCGCAGCGGCCCCCGGGGGCUCUGCUGUGGACCCCGGACCCCCGGGCGCCGUGCAUGGGCUGGAGGCUGGUCACCGGGAAGGAAGAAGCCGGCGGGGAGGUGGUGGCCGGCGGCCGGCUGGGCAGCGCCCGGGAGUACCGGGAGCACCGCUACCGGAAUGGAAUUCCCGAAGGGGUGAGAGACCUUCCCCCCGGCGCGGCCCUGCCCCUGGAGUCCAACCUGGCCUUCAUGAACGGCGUCAGCUUCACCAAGGGCUGCUACGUGGGCCAGGAGCUGACGGCCCGCACCCACCACACGGGCGUCAUCCGCAAGCGCCUCUUCCCCGUGCGCCUGGAGAAGGCCCCGCCGCCCGGGGGGCUGCCGCCCGGGGCCGCCGUCCACACCGCGGCCGGGAAGCCCGCCGGGAAGUUCCGGGCCGGGGAGGGCCAGGUGGGCCUGGCCCUGCUGCGAUCGGAAAACGUCAGGGAAGCCCUGCACGUACGGCUGGAUGACGGCUCCCGCCUGGGGCUGACGCCUUCCGUGCCCGACUGGUGGCCCCGGGCCGGCAAGUGACGCCGGCCCGUGCCCUCGCCGCCCUGCCCGGGCGCGGACGCCCGGUGGGUGCCGCCCCGUCCCGGCGGGGGCGGGCGGAAGCGCGGGGACGGGGGGCCGCUGUCCCCGGUUGGAGCCCCGGCUCCGCUCCCGGCCUGCUGGCCGAUGCCCGGUGAGUCACUGAACCUCCCCGGGCUCCUGCUCCGAAUACCGGGGGGCACGACGACACUCCUCCUUCCCCACCUUCUUGUCAGGUGGAAAACGGGCCACUGAGCGGGCACCAGGUGGUCGUUAGGUCACGAGCCAGCGGUGUGUGCGUGGGGGGGGGGGGAGGGACCGAAAGGUCACGGGGUCAGGGUUCGGAGGUCAGGCUCACCGUCGGGCACGGGUUCUGCGGCCACGACGACGUCGUCGUCCCGACCCGGGCUGCCGGACCUCGUCCUCGAGGUCCGGGAUGCUCGAUUUGGGGGCCCGGCGGGGAGGGGGGGAGGACGGCCUGCUUUUCGGACACCCAGGGUCCGGACGUGCCGGCGCUCCAGAAGGGCCGGGGUCGGGGGUGGCCGCGCUCUUACAGUCCGACAUCUCGCGGGGGGCCAGUCUGGGGAAAAACAGAGACGGACAGCCCCCGCAGAGGAGGGCCCGCACCCGGGAAGGAAAGGAUUUGUUUGUUGUCGCUUCGAGUACCUCAUCUCGCGUGGCUCCCGGCUUCUGUAGCGUCCGCAUCGAGAGGACCCGGGGAUCACCGCAGCCGACGCAAACGGAUCGUCGGCUCUCCCGCUCGUCUUCCUCGAGCACCUGGAAAAAUCGGUUCUUUGGAGCCUUUCAGGGCCAGACCGUUGCCAUCACCAGCAGAGAAAUCGGCCCUUUGGCAAGUCGAAUUAAAAUAGAGUCCGGUGGGAGAGUCGAGCCUCGUACCUUUGCUGCUUAAAACAAUCUAAUAAAUGAAUAAAGAUAUACGUAUUUAUCUGUUCGUUCAA